AUGGCUCUCCGGUGGCUUUGCACUUUCUCUGCGGCGCUGGUGUGGGGAUGCCUGGCCUUCUCCUCCUCCUCCUCCUCCCACACCGCAGUUGCUCCCCCACAAGACCUUCGGAUCACUGAUCCCGGACUCUUAGGUUCUCUCGAUAUAGAGUGGAAACCUCCACCCAAUGUACAAACCUUCGAUGAAUGCACAGUGAAAUACAAGGUUGAAUACCGCAACGCUGGUGACAGAGACUGGAAGGUUAUUUUUACUAGGAAGCUCAAAUUCAGAGUUGGAUUUGACCUCAGCAGGACUGCUGAGGUGAAGGUACAGACGCUGCUCGAAGGCCGGUGUACCGAUGACGUGGAGGUGCAAAGUGACGGGAUUUAUGCUACCUUUCAGGUCCCAUUGCAAGGAAAACCGGAAUCAGAGGUUCAGAAUUUCCAGUGCAUCUAUCACGACUGGGAAUACCUCAAGUGCACUUGGCAACCAGGUCUCCUCGCUCCUCACGGCAUGCACUAUGGACUAUAUUAUUGGUACGAGGGGUUGGACCAUGCCAUGCAGUGCGAUGACUAUAUUCAGGAUCAUGGCAUAAACAUUGGCUGCACGUUGCAAAACCUAAGCCAGGCGGAAUAUAAGGAUCUGAGCAUUUGCGUCAACGGUUCAGCGGCAGCCACCCUGCUACGGCCGUUGUACGUCACCCUGCGCCUUCACAACCUAGCAAAGCCCUCGCCCCCGAAGCAGCUGGUGGUUUCCAUGUCUGCGUCUGAGGAACUCCGAGCGGUGUGGAGCCCACCGGGGGGAGAAACGCCGCCCCAGUGCCUGGAGUACGAGGUUCAGCUGGCGGAGGCUGAGGGGGAGGCCGAGGCUGCCUGGGCGUCUGUGUCAACCCAAAUGGAGACCGCUUUAACAAUUUCCAGAGCAAAUCAAAGCCGCAUUUCAUGUGUUCGUGUCAGGGGGAGAACAAAUAUUUUCUGUGCUGACCGGGGCUUUUGGAGUGAAUGGACACAGGAGUGUUUCUCUGUGUCCAGAAAAGAGGACAAGCAGCUAUUUAUCCUCAUUCCAGUCAUUCUGAGCUUGUCAAGUAGCCUCAUAAUAUUUAUGUUGAUUGGCCAGUGCAAGAAAAGAACAUCAUCCCAAAGACAGCGGAAGAGCCCUGAGCUUUCUGUAGCCCAUGUGACUCUUCCCUACCUGCUGCCAUUUGCGAGGCUGGUUGUUGCAAUUCAAGUCCUCAACUAG